CUUUUUUUUAAUCAACUAAUUUAACCAAUCGAAAGAUAAGUUAAUUUGUAAAAAAAAAUACCCGUGGAAAUAAUAUUGUUUUUCAGACGUGUUUUUUGCAUUCCAACCAUUUUAAAUUUAGAGGUCAGACAGUUUAAGAGGAAAACACAAAGAAGCCUUCGAGUGAAAGAAUGAUUAGCUGCGACUCCGCCAAGAAUUAUCAAUUUUCAUUUAUUUUUACAUAAUCACAAUCUCUUGCAUUUCAGUGAUUGUGCGUUUCGCUUUUUUAAAUUUCGUCACAAAACCACGAGCCAUCGGACAGUGUGAAAUGUUCAUUUAAUUGCGCAUCGAUCAUAUGGGUGGUCAAAACAGAGCGCGCGCACUAAAGUUAGAUGAACUUUAAAUUGGCAGGCGAUAAGAUUUACGAAGAAGACAGUGAAUUCCCUCGAAAAAAAAAUCAUCACUAGCUGCCGAUUUAAUAAAUAAUAACUUAAUAAAUGCGUAUAAAACGUAUAAAUAUCUCAAAACGUAACGCAAGAGUGAAUGGUCAAAAAUAGUGAAGGAAUAUUAAGUUGAAAGAAAAACAGUGAAGAGAAUUUUAUGAAGAGUGUGUCUUUCUUUAAGCAAAGAGAACACAAAUAAUAGAAAUUUUUGACAAAAGAUCAUAAAUUGAAAAUAAAAUCUGCAAUUAAUUAGAGUGUGUGAAAAGAAUAAUCACAUAAUAUCCAACAUAUUUAAUCCUCGCUAAUUGGGCAAUGCUUGGUGAUUUUAAUGAUGGUAUCAGGAAGUGAAUGAGGGAAGGGGCAAAAGAAAGAUAAAACAAAGUGUGUAGAGUGUUAAAUGAAACGAUCAUAUUUUUUGCCACAAGUGAAAAAAAAAAUACCAAAUUUUCUGUCAUACCAAAAAAAGAGACAGAAUAGUACACAAAACAAUUAAAUUUGUGAAGAAGUUUCCUCAUUACCAUAUUAUCAAUGGAGAUUUUAUUCAGAGUCUCUAUUUUGGUGAACCAUCUCUCUCUCUUCCAUCGCACAAAAAUUUCAAUAUAAAUAUUUGAACAAGUGUUUGUAACGUCUAUAACUAUAUUUUGUCUGUGUUUUGUGGAUAAAAACAUUCCGAGAUGUGCAGUGACAAACAAAUUUGUUGAGAAAAACAUUUUGCAAUUUUUGGCCAAAAAGAAUACCAAAAAAGCCAUGUUCAACAUCUACAACCUGAUGAUUCACAUAAAGAUAUUGGCAGUUUUUGCAAUUUCUUGCACCAUUCUAUCCGUGAAUGGAGCUUCCAGUGAGAGGAGAGCUGAUCAGUUUGAUUUCAGCUGUUUCCCACACACAGAUCAUGCAAAAUAUCCACGAUUUGCGUCAUCGAACAGAGAUCCAAUUUCCCUCCAGGUGACAUCGAGAGUUACCCAUCAGCUUCUCUCACGCAUAUUUGCUAUUUUUCUGCGCGAAGUUCUCUUCUAUGAAAAUGUUAAUUUGAUUGAGAGACCCAAGUUUCCCGAAGAGAAUGAACAUGAUCGGCUAUUUCUCAGUCUCAUGCCACUUUCUUUGAGAGCUGUAUGGCCAGAACCCACGGUGGACUUGGAGGUUUGGAUGCUCCCGGAUUAUCAUGUGAUUCCCGAUCAAGUGAGAGAUGCUGGAGCCGUUACCAAUGCUGGACGUUUUGGAUGGUUCAUACCAAAGAAAUUCAUCAACACCACCCAUCCAAUCAGCUACAGAAACUUCCAGGCAAACGGUGAUACGGCAGAGAAAUUCACUUUUCAUCUGGAUGAUGAUGAAUUGAAAAAAAUUAUUCCAAUGGCUGAAACUGACUGUGGUUUCAAUUCAACCAAGUGCUUCUAUUCCCCAUCUCAUUGUACUGGAAGAAGAUGCUCUCUAAUGCUAGCUCCAGAUUUUGACUCCACUUCUUUUAUCAUCCACCACAUUGAGGAGUUCAAAUUCAAUGUGAAUGUCCUCUUUCUGGGGGAGAAUUUUACAGAUAUUCUCAAUUCCCUGCUGUCGAGGGGCUCUUCUGAAUUCCUAAUUUUGCACUGGACUCCAUCGGAUGUAAUUGAUGGGCAUGAUGAUGAAUAUUUCGAAGCUGUUGUCAUGCCGAAAUGCGAAGAUAUGAAGAGCAGUUCGAUAACUGGUUGCAAAUAUGAAUUGACUCCACUUCUCAAAUUUUAUGCUCAACAACUGCAUUCUGCAGAUUAUGCCAUUGUGGCACUCAAUAAAUUCUUCUUGCAACGGGAGGAGCUUACAAAUCUCCUGAAGGACUACACUAAAAUGCGGGAAAGUACUAAGGGGAAUAUCUUUAAUAUUGUGGCUUGUAGUUGGCUCAAGGAUCACAAGGAUAUCUACACAAAGUGGGUUCCAGUUCGAGAACCCAAAGAGAAUAUUUAUAUCGGAGGCAUAUUCCCAAUAACUGAGUCCAAUGCUAUCCACAAGUGCCUUCCGGAUGCCUCCCGGUUAGCUGCUGAUGAUAUCAAUCGGAUGAAGGAUAUUUUGCCGAAUCACAGGCUAAUUGUUCAGCGUCAGGAUGGACAAUGUCGAACAGAUGCAGUGAUGAAAGCUUUUAUCAACUACUACAUGCGUUGGGAAAGGGUGAUUGGGAUCCUAGGGCCAGCCUGUAGUGAAACAGUUGAACCAAUUGCUGGAGUCUCGAAGCAUUUUCGGAUGGGAGUGAUAUCCUAUUCAGCUGAAGGGGUAUCCUUCACCGACCGCACAACUUAUCCCUACUUCUUUCGCACAAUUGGAGAGAAUCACCAGUUCCAAGAGGUUUAUCUCAAUUUCUUCCGGCACAUGAGGUGGAGGAGAAUUGCUGCAAUCACCGUGGAUGGACAGAAGUACACAGGAUAUAUUUCUCAGAUGGAAACCAUGCUCAAAGCCAAUCACAUUGAAUUGGCUUUUAAUAAGAAACUCUCCCAGACUCCAAGUGCUUCGAGUGUUCAUCAAGUUCUGCAGGAUCUCAAGGCUUCUACUAGGAUUCUCAUUGCUGAUGUUGAUGAUGCAGUAGCCAAGAUUCUUCUCUGUGAAGCUUUCAAGCUUCAUAUGACAGCCAAAAAUGGAUAUGUUUGGUUCCUUCCCGUUUGGCUGGAAAAACGCACAAUCCUCAAUGGGAAGAGUCCCCUAGAUGACCUGGAUUGCACAGAGAGGGAUCUUCUUGAAGCUUUCAAUGGUCAUUUCUCGCUUUCCUACGUUCCCUAUGGGAAAAAUGACCAGCGGAUCACCAAUCUCAACACCACCGUGCAGCAAUGGCAUGAGAAUUUUAAAGAUAUAUGUCCUUCAGAAGCAGCUUACAGUUACGUAGGAUACACCUACGAUGCCGUACACGUGUAUGCUUACGCCUUGGAUAAACUGAUCAAAGAGAAUUCAACGUACUUAAGUGAUUUGCAUUCAGAAAUCACCACCAAGCGCUUCAUGGAGAUCAUCUGGAGCACGGAUUUCAUGGGAGUUUCAGGUAGGGUCAAAUUUGCUGAAGGUGGCUCCAGAUUUUUGCCCAUCAACAUCAUCCAGUGGAUCAAUAAUUCCUCACGCAUUGUCGGCAGAUCCCAUCCGAAUGUGUCUGAAGUGGAUGGAACAUACCUGGCCAGUGACUUCUUUCUCAACGAAUCAACAAUUACUUGGCUCUCACCAAUGGGCAGACCAACGGAUGGUGUGGUCUUCUGUGGCUUGCACUUUCUUGUCGAAGCACUCAAUUCUGACUGCGAGACAAUCAAUAUAAUUGCCAUCUCACUGGCGUGCUUCGUGAUUGUUGUCCUGGUAUUUCUGGCGUCGUUUAUCUUCUGGCGCAAACAAUACAAACGGAAGAUGAAGCUAUCAGCACGAUACAUGAGAAGCUUUGGCAUUGAUUUUAUGUCUACAGCGGGGGUUCCUGACCCCGGAAAUUCCCUGGAUAAGUGGGAAGUACCCAAGGAGCGGAUUAUAGUGAAUAGGAAGCUAGGAGAAGGGGCAUUUGGAACGGUCUAUGGCGGGGAGAUGCUGGUUUCUGAGAAUCAGUGGAUUGCUGUGGCUGUGAAGACUCUAAAAAGUGGAAGUUCUGUUGAGGAUCGUUUGGAUUUCCUCUCAGAAGCCGAAGCUAUGAAGAGAUUUGAUCAUGAGAAUAUCAUUAAAUUGUUGGGAGUUUGUCUGAAAUCCGAGCCAAUUUACACAAUCCUGGAAUUUAUGCUGUAUGGAGAUCUCAAGACUUUCCUCCUGGCCAGACGACAUUUGGUGAAGAAUCGUCAGAAUGACGAGUCGGAUGUGUCCUCAAGGCGACUCACUAUGAUGGCAAUGGAUGUGGCCAGAGCUUUGAGCUACCUGGCCAGCCAGAAAUUUGUCCAUCGCGACGUGGCUUGCCGGAAUUGCCUGGUAAAUGCCCAAAGAGUGGUCAAGCUGGGAGAUUUUGGCAUGGCCAGACCAACUUUUGACAAUGAUUAUUAUAAAUUCAAUCGGAAGGGACUUUUACCUAUCCGAUGGAUGUCUCCAGAAUCUCUAGGAUUGGGACUCUUUACUCCAGCUUCGGAUAUUUGGUCCUAUGGAAUUCUCCUAUAUGAGAUCCUAACAUGUGGUUCAUUCCCAUAUCAAGGGCUCAACAAUAUGCAAGUUCUUGAGCAUGUCAAAGCAGGAAAGAUCCUCAAGAUCCCUCCAAGGGUAAAACCACAGCUCAGGCACUUGAUGCACAGGUGCUGGGUGCUAGACUACAAAAAGCGUCCAACAGCUCCAGAAAUUGUGGAGUACAUCUCAAAUCAUCCACGUCUUAUUGUACCUUGCCUAGACGUACCCACAUCUUCCGUAGGCACCAUGGAGCCUCACUCAUACAUUGGAAAUUUCUCAGGGAGUGUCUCCAACAAGAAAAGCCCCGAACUGAUUGCCUUCAAUGAUCUCAGUACCAUCAACAGGCGAUUCAAUAGACGAUUCCGAAGUGUCCGGGGACGACUGAAGGGCAACACCAAUCCAAUUGAACCACUUCUGUCCAUACAGGAGGAGUCCAUCGAGUGUUUGCCGAAUGAGUGCAAUAUGAGGCGAUACGUGUCAAUGGAUGAACUGACCAAGUCUCGAGGGAGCCUCGCAAGUGAUAUCUGAACGUCAGGGUAUUUUAAUUUUAGCGCAUUAACUCGAAUUACCUGCAAGACACUGUGCGUGAUCAAACUGGAAGUACAAUGUCGCAGAUCUUCAAAUUUUAUUUAUAAAUGGUACCUUGUUGAAUAAAUGUUUAAUUAUUUUUUAAAA